AAGUUCAGCUUGGAGGUGGACGCAAUUAGAUUCAGGGUCAAUAUUAACGGGAAAGCCCAAAGAAGAAGACGCCUCCACCGAGCGCGUGCAAAACGAAACAAAAAGUAGAAAUAGCAGGAGGAGAACAGUCACCCAUUUUUCUUUACCACAGUUCGCUGCUCUCAUUUUCUCUCUUCCCCUUCCAAUGGUGAAGGGAAUCUGGGAGAUUGGACCUUGGUUUUGUCUUUGAAUUUAGGGUUUUAGCAUCUGAUUUACUCAGAUAGUGAUAUCAAUCAUGUUAUCCAAUCAUCUACGAAACGGAGUUGAGACGGCGAGGCUCGCAUGGUCUCGGGUUCCCGAAUCGGAGGACUGCGAGCUCGAUGGAAUCAGUCUAUUGAGCUCAAGACGCGAUGGUGCCGGUGUUGAGAGUCUGGAUUAUGAAGUUAUAGAGAAUCAUGCCUACAGAGAAGAGCAGGCUCAAAGAGGGAGGCUAUAUGUUGGAUAUUAUGUGAUAGUAAAAUGGUUCUUCGCUUUGCUAAUAGGAAUUGGUACUGGAUUGGCCGCCGUUUUCAUCAAUAUUUCCGUUGAGAACUUUGCUGGCUGGAAAUUUUCAUUGACUUUUGCAAUAGUACAAAAAUCAUAUUUUGCGGGUUUUAUAAUAUACGUACUGAUCAACCUGGCCUUAGUCUUUUCUUCUGUAUAUAUUGUUACCCAAUUUGCUCCAGCAGCAGCAGGAUCUGGUAUUCCUGAAAUAAAGGGUUAUUUGAAUGGAGUUGAUAUCCCUGGUAUCCUUCUUUUCAGAACCUUGAUUGGAAAGAUAUUUGGAAGCAUUGGUUCUGUUGGAGGUGGUUUAGCUUUAGGCAAAGAAGGACCUCUUGUUCACACUGGUGCUUGUAUUGCAUCUUUGCUUGGGCAGGGUGGAUCCACAAAAUAUCAUUUAAGUUCCAGGUGGCUUCAACUUUUUAAGAGUGACAGGGAUCGCCGUGAUCUUGUAACCUGUGGAUGUGCAGCUGGAGUUGCUGCUGCUUUUAGAGCUCCAGUUGGCGGGGUAUUAUUUGCACUGGAGGAGGUCACGUCUUGGUGGAGAAGUCAGCUUAUGUGGCGUGUCUUUUUCACUUCUGCAAUUGUCGCUGUUGUGGUGCGUACUGCCAUGGGAUGGUGCAAGAGUGGGAACUGCGGACAUUUUGGGGCAGGUGGCUUCAUAAUAUGGGAUGUAUCAGACGGUCAAGAGGACUACUCUUUUGGGGAAUUACUGCCCAUGGCAGUUAUUGGAGUCAUUGGAGGUCUCCUUGGAGCUUUGUUUAACCAGCUUACCCUCUAUAUUACUUAUUGGCGUCAAAAUUAUUUACACAAGAAAGGGAAUCGAGUUAAGAUUAUUGAAGCAUGCCUCAUCUCCAUCAUAACCUCGAUUAUUUCCUUUGGACUACCUCUAAGAAAAUGCAGCCCAUGCCGUGAAUCAGAUCCUGAUUUUGAAUGUCCACGGCAUCCAGGAGUGGAUGGAAAUUAUGUGAAUUUUUACUGCAGUAAGCAGAAGGAAUACAAUGAUCUUGCUACUAUCUUCUUCAAUACUCAGGAUGAUGCCAUAAGAAAUUUAUUCAGUGCUAAAACAAUUCACGAGUUCAGUGCCCAAAGUCUGUUGACCUUUUUGGUAAUGCGUUCUUUUACUCAAGUUCCUAUUUGCCAAUUUUGUUGGAUGUUCUGACUUGUUAAUCUUUGU